AUGAGUAUAAACUUUGAGGACAACUCAACAAUGUUUUCAGGAAUGUUUUCCCUGGUAUUUCCAUCUAGAGAAGGAUCUAGUCUGCGGCUUCCUAAAAUAGAACCCUUUGAAGGAAUAAGUGAAGCUGAGCUAAUCCAAAAACCCAAAAUUCCAUUGAAGAGCAUUUCUAAAAAAAGGUCAAGGAAGAGAAUCACAGCUUGCCCCCACGUGAAUAAACGAUACUAUGCAAGGAGCAUGUGUAAUAAUUGCUAUCAUAAAAUCGGGAGACAAAAAAAAGCUUGAAAUUGCCAGCAUACAGAUCGCCAACUCUAUGCAAAGGGAUUAUGUCAAAAAUGCUAUUUGCAGGAUUAUCAUAGCCUUAAAUCAUGUAAGGCGGAUGAGGAGAAGAUUUAA